AUGGUCGUCCUCACUACGCGGAACCGCAAGCGUGCAUGGUUUCUCCUCACCGCCACUGUCUCAAUCCAUAUCAUCCUUCUCACCGUCACCCGCCGGCUGAGCGAUAGAAGGUUCCCCAAGGGUGGCGGUCUCAUCAAGCGGUUCAUUGACGAUCACGAUGCAUCUGGCCCGCUCGACUUUCCCUAUAUUGAGUGGUACAACGCCCUCCCCCCCGCAUGGCGGCCCUUCUUCAUCAUCCUUCUCCUCUGCAUACUCGCCUUCCUUUUCUCCUUUAUUGGUAUCUCUGCCUCCGACUUUUUCUGUCCAAACCUCGCCACUGUUGCCGCCUACCUCGGCCUGAACGAGAGUACAGCAGGUGUGACGUUUCUGGCCUUUGGCAACGGCAGUCCAGAUGUGUUCAGUACAUUCUCAGCUAUGAGCAAUGGGACUGUUGGACUGGCUGUAGGCGAGCUCAUCGGUGCCGCUAGCUUCAUCGUAUCCAUAGUCGUCGGCUCUAUAGCCUUCAUCGGACCCUUCCAAGUCCCCCGCCACGCCUUUCGCCGCGACGUCGCCUUCUUCACCACCGCCGUCCUCGUCCUCAUCAUCACCCUCCACGACGGCCAGCUCACCCUCUUUGAAUCUGGCGGUAUGGUCGGACUGUAUCUGCUGUACGUCGCGGUGGUGGUGAGCGAGAACUGGUGGAAGAAGAGAAAGAGACGGUGGAUUUUCCUCGGUAAGAGACGAGGGACACAGUCGAGGGAAGGCAGUGGCGAUACGGCAAAGAUUCUAGCUUCUCUAUCGCCUCAUCCAGAGCUUGAACGCCCACCACCUGUGCCCAUCACCAACCAUGAUUCCACAUCCUUGUCUCCCACCGUUUCUUCCCGCCGCCGCUCGCACUCCAGCUCCCACCUCACCGCACGCCACCUCGACCCCCUCGACACCCCCACGCCCCGCGCCAACAUGUCACUCCUGGGCGCUAUCGAAUUCCGAGACGUCGUCAAUUCUCUUCGCAAAGAAGGGGGCUCAAUUUAUUCUGGCCAGAGCUCGCGGUCGACGAGUCCCACAGGUACAGUGACGCCGAGAAUGACAGGCCGCGAGAGGGGAGAUUACUUUGGGAAUCUCGGACAUCGACGGUCGAGCUCGCAUACCUUGGGCCGUGGCGGUCCCGGCACGCCUGGGGGGUCUUCCAGGCGGAUACGGUCCAACAGCGUGCGUCGUAGUUCGAGUCAAAUGACGGAUCAGUCACCAGAGAGGGAUAGGAGGAUGACCCUGCCGACUCGCCAUUCGUACCAAGGUGGAUCGCCAGCACCGGUCGGUCUCGGGAUUUCCAACACCCCCGAGUCGAAUCCGUGGCAUGACCAGCCAGGUAACCCGCCCACGCCUUCGCCCCACCUCCAGCUCCCUCCCACAUCUCCGACCAAACCCAGUCUGCCCAAGCUGGUGAUACCAGACGACAACAUUGCCGCGCGAAAAGUUCCUUCCAUCUCCGUCCUCGACCCUUCCGGCCAGACCGCAUCCCCCAUACCCGCUUCUCCACCUCUGACUUCCAAGCGAAAACGCGCUUCAAAACACGUCCGCGCAGCUCUGAAAAUCCUCUUCCCCUCCAUGCAAUCUUUCCGCCACAAAUCCAUCCUCGGCAUGGCACUCGCCAUCAUCACCGUCCCCCAAGUUUUGGCGCUGACGUUGACGCUGCCAGUGGUGGAUGAUGGCCAUGAGAUGGAGGAGGGGGAGAUACGGUUGGAUGAAGGGGAGGGGCUGCCGUUGCAUGAUUCUUCUGGGUCUGAUGGGGAAGGAGAAGGGGAGAGUGAUGGGGAGGGAGGGGAUGAUGAGGAUGAUGAAGCCGAUAGGCUUCUGGACCCCCAUGUCGGGGAAGAACUGCAUCAUCUGGUUGACCACGGCUUCUCUCCGCUCCAUUCGCCUCUCGGCAGGAUUCAUCACUCUGCCAUGCGCAAGAUGGGGUACCACGCGGAAUCUGGGGGUCUGAGUCCCGUCAGGAGUGAAGAGUAUGCUGAGGGAGAGGGCGACGAGCACCUGGAUGAGAUUUAUGGCGACGUGGAAGGCAGUGAUGGGAAGGGAGAAGAGUGUGAGGGUGCUUUAGAGUUCAACAAGUACCUCACAGCCGUCCAAUGCGUCCUGGGACCAUUAUUCUGCUGCUUUAUCACUUUCAACGGUCUGUCAUCGUUCAAGUGGAUCGCACUGGGUACAACUCUUGCAGGCCUGAUCGCCUCCGUCCCCGUCAUUCGAUACGCCUCGGACGGGACAGCCCAGCCUUGGAGGUUGGUGAGGUGCUUCUGUGGGUUCACGUGUAGUAUGGUAUGGAUUGCUGCUAUUGCGGAUAUGGUGGUUGAUGUUUUGGACACGGUAGGCGAGAUCCUCGGGUUGAGUGACGCCAUUAUUGGCCUUACCAUCUUCGCCGUGGGCAACUCUCUAGCCGAUCUCGUCGCAAACGUCACCGUUGCCCAAUUCGCCCCUACCAUGGCCUACGGCGCCUGCUUUGGCGGCCCCAUGCUCAACCUCCUUCUCGGUAUCGGCGGAUCCGGAUCAUACCACAUCAUCACCUCUGCCUCGCACAAGCCCGUCUCUGUCGACUUUUCACCAACACUAUGGGUGUCUGCCACGGGGUUGGUGGUAAUUCUGCUGGCGACGGCGGUGUGGGUACCGGUGAAUGGGUAUGUAGUUGAUAAGAGGUGGGCGGGGUGUUUGAUAGUGGCGUAUGUGGUUUUGAUGAGUGUGAAUGUUGGGGUAGAGCUCAAAACGGGAAGGAGCUAA